UUGCUCGUACCUAAACCCUCGGGGUUUGAUGGGUAUCCUCACGCAUUUGGGAAUCUAAGAGCCUCUUUGUUGCCUUUCUAGAACUCCCAGAGAACUGGACAGAUACCCGUGAGACGUUGCUGGAGGGGAUGCUCUUCAGCCUCAAGUACAUGGGCAUGACGCUGGUGGAGCAGCCCAAGGGAGAGGAGCUCUCUGCGGCUGCCGUCAAAAGGAUCGUCGCUACCGCGAAAGCAAGUGGAAAGAAACUGCAGAAAGUGACUCUGAAAGUCUCGCCCAGAGGGAUCGUGUUAAACGACAGCGGAACGAACGAGCUGAUCGAGAACAUCUCCAUAUACAGGAUAUCCUACUGCACGGCAGACAAGAUCCACGAUAAAGUGUUUGCCUACAUUGCCCAGAACCAGCUCAAUGAGAACCUGGAGUGCCAUGCCUUCCUCUGUACCAAACGGAAAAUGGCGCAAGCGGUCACCCUCACCGUAGCCCAGGCCUUCAAAAUCGCAUUUGAGUUCUGGCAAGCGGCUAAGGAAGAGAGAGAGAAGCGGGAAAGAUCCAUCUUGGAAGGCGAAGGGACAAGCAGCCCCAGCUCAGAAGCCCCUGCCCACCCCGAUGCAUCAGCAGCCACGGGGAACUUACUGGAUUUAGAAGAUCCUGACAAAUCGCCCCUGACCAGCAGCGCAAACUCCCCACACUUGGAUAACAGCAUGUUUGGGCCCAGCUCCUCUGUAAAUAACAACGUGGUGUGGGAAAUGGAUGAUGGUCUCGACGAGGCAUUUUCAAGGCUGGCUCAGUCGAGAACAAACCCUCACGUCCUCGACACGGGACUAACAGCUCAAGACAUCCAGAGUGCAGAAACGCUCUCACCUGUAGACUGGAACAAAAUAGAUUCCAACACAGGCGAGAAGGAUGAUCUGUUCAUGUUUUGAGGUCGGAUGCAUCUAACAGCUGACAAGAGAAUAACCACUAAAAGUCUAUGGACUGAAUCACGCUGUUCGGGUGCUGUACGCAAGGGACUCUUCUGAGGGCUCUUCACCAAGUCAGCUGAUGUUACAGCCCAGUUUAGACCAAAGCUUUAGAAAUCUAAUGCAGAUUUUUAUACCUUGCUUUUAUCUAAACCACAAGAUGCUCUGCAACAUAUUUAUUCAUAGCCGUUACAGUUUACAUAUAUUAUUGGAAGGUGUGUAGAGCAUCUACAGUAUUAGGUGGCAAUAUACCAUGGAAGAACCUUCAGCCGUGCCUGUUCCUCUCUGACAAAGACUAUGCAACAUCAAAAUCUGUAGAUACUUUUCCAGACAAGGGUCUGCAGAUGCAAAUGCAAUUGCAAGCACAACUGUUACUAAUCCACUGUUUCUUGAACAACGCAUCACCUGCCUAGGCGGAGGGGAGGAGAUUUGCAGCAGCUGCUGACAGUGUUAAAAUCAAAGAGGUAGCAGAGAUCUUGCUUUUGUUGUGAAUGUCUGUGAUACUCUCACAGUUGUCAAUCACCCCUAUGUGUUCUGGCUGGUUUUUCGCCAGCUUCGUAUGGGAAUUGACACUUUUUUUUAUCCAAAGACUCUAUGAAGUUUUGCACUUUAAAACUUGAACAGAAAGCAAAGGUCCGAAUUGUCAAGGUAAGCAGUGCCUGUAACUUCUCUUCAGAAGCUAUUUACCCAAAAAAAACCCCCAACCCAGUAAUGCUGCAGGUCUGUUUCAAAACCGAAUGCUCACGUGCACUGUUCCUGAUGCAACUCAAAUCCAAGGCUCCGUUGCACUGGUGGCUUUAAAAGCAAAACCACCAGGGAGUAACAAUUUGUUUUGCUAAAGCAUGUUGGAAUUUGCAGGUUGGGGGUGCCCAGCAGCAGGAUAGAUCUGUGUCCUUAGCUCUGCUAAGUGGAUUGGGCUGCACACGCCUUUUUGCCGUCUCAAAGCCAUUUGGUUGUUGCUCACUCAAUAGACUCAAAUGGAAUUGGAUUAGGCAAGACCAAUACCUGGCUGUUCAGUUAGGAAGUGGUGCCCCUUCCAGCGGUACUCCAAUCCUCUUCCCCCCCAACAGCCACAUCUCCCGUGGGGCUUGGGAAGCUGUCUUCAUCUGCUCCUGCAACUGAAAAUAAGUAAUGGAGGUAUAAAGCUUAUGCUAAUUAAAAGAUUAAGUUUAAUGAUCCUAAAUAGUCGCACUGACAGUUUGCAGUGUUUGUGGCCUUAUGUGAAGUAUACUAAUCUGUUUUAUAGAUUUGUAACUUGGUUUCGAAACACUAAUUCAUUCCCCAGAUAGCUCUUUAUAACUCUCUUAAAACUGCUUGCAGAAAAAAAAAAAAAAGAAAAACCUCUUUGUCAGCUGUAAGAAUUUAUUAGGAAACAGCUGAGUGACUCUAACUUAGAUUUGAUUUUUUUUUCCCCUAAGUGGUGUUGUGAUAAGGUAUUGAGGACUUGUGAAGCUGACUCAUCAUGUCUCUUAAUAAAAUGUGUGCUCUGUUUAUCUUGCAAAAUUGUGUUUAAAGCAAUUUUACAUCUUGAAACUACCGUGCCUAUGACUUAUUUGGUCUUAUGCAUGGCAUCAGUCUCACGAUUGAAGGAAUUAUUCAAAGUUUGUCCGUGCUACAGAGGCGCACGGCAGAGACGUGAACCUAUUGCGUAAGCAACACCAAAAGUGUGCAGAAAUGGUUGUAGCAACCACCUCGUCCCGACCCCUGGGAGCGGUGAUCUUCCUAGGAAAGAGCUUGGGCUGCAGGAAUGGACCAUGAGGAUUUCUCUGUCCAUUGAUCUUUCUCCUUUUUUAGAGACUCUAGGAGCAUAUACUGAAAUGCACAGUACUAUAUAUGUAUGUAUAUAGUUUUUUAAGAAAUCCUUCUGCUGUAAAGAGUAUCUGUACUGAGGAAAAUAAAAGUUCUACCAUUUUUUGGAGUGUCUGUGCUGGGUGACUAUUUUUACCAUGGUCCUUUUAUUGUGUAGAAGCCUUUGUAUUUCUAACUGCGAGUUCUCUGUCUUCCUUGAUGCGUAGCAGUAAGCGAUUGGAAACAUCCACGGGAGGUUUGUGUCUAUUGGAAGCCUCUUUCCAGGGCCAUCCAGGUGGGAAAACGGCUGCAGUGAGGCACCAGUCCGUGGUGCUGCCUCCAAGCAGCGCUUACGGGGCUGGAUGAGGCCACGUGGGAUGCACAGAGGGAUCUGCCAUGGCCCCAUCCCUGCUGCACCAGGCAGGAGGUGACCGUCGCUGCCUGCUUGGUAAAUCCAGCCCUGCCUGAGCCCCUGCGUCGUUGGAUCAGCCUCCAGGUAAGGGUGUGACAGAGGAUGAGAGGGAAGUUGGUGCUUCGGUCUCAUUUGCAGGCAAAGGCGUUGCUGGUAACAUCAAAAAAACCAAAAUCUUUUAAUUGAUAGUUUCUGAGUUGCUGUGCAAAGUACUUCUCCCUUGGGGGGAGUUUAAUUUGUACAGCUGCCUUUUAAAUAAAAACAGCCCAGAGAGCCUGGCAUUGCCCUGUGUACUCAGCCUCCCCUUGCAAUUCCUGCCUUCGCUGGCUGCGAGCUUGGAGCAACUGGGCUGUGGUAACCAUGGGGAGAAAUUCCUAUGGGGACGCUGAUGAAGGGAUUUAACCUGUGAGUAGCAUAACGCUCCCUUUGGGAUAUCAGAGCUGGGCAGGGGGUAGAGCAAAGGGACUUUGCAGAGGGGCAUCUCUUCCUGCAGUGUUAGACUGUCAACAAAACAAAUUCAAUAAAAGUUCACUUUUUUCUGUUUAAAUUGCCUGUUCCAGUAUGAGGAGAUGCCCCAGAUUAUGAGUACCUGUGUCCCGGCAGUCUGCGCCUUCAUGCAUGCUGAGGAACAAAUUGAUCUUUCAGUUUUGAUGUGACCUUUUUUUAAGUGCUGGUUAAGAAACUUUCAGCAUCCAUUUCCUUCGCCCCUGAUGGCUGCGUGCUCGGGAUGGAGGGAGGGAGGGAGGAAGGGGCUCAGUGUGGUGAGAGGUGGCUCUGCCCCGAAAAGGGAGG